AUGGUAUUAAGGUCAAUGUUUUUCGCAGUAGUAGUCGCUUGUACUGCGGCGCGACCCGAACCACCUUCCUCUUAUGGACCUCCAUCAACAUCUUACGGGGCACCAGCACCCCAGUACGGGCCGCCGCAGCAGCAGCCUAUUGUGCAUAAACAUGUGUACGUGCAUGUGCCACCUCCUGACAAUGAACAACCCGCUCCCCGGAAACCUGUUCACGUGCCUCCACCACAGAAACAUUAUAAAAUAGUAUUUAUCAAGGCACCAACUCCCCCCACUCCAACUGCUCCGGUCAUUCCAGUACAACCUCAAAACGAAGAGAAGACCCUGGUCUACGUUUUAGUGAAAAAGCCCGAGGAGCAACCGGAAAUUGUUAUCCCGACUGCAGCACCUACACAACCCUCCAAACCGGAAGUCUACUUUAUCAGAUACAAGACACAAAAACAAGAAGGAUACCCUGCUGCUGCUGCUCCUGCUUCAGAAUAUGGCCCACCAGCAUCUGCUCCGUCAUCUGAAUACGGUGCUCCC